CCCCGCCACGGCUGGCAGUGCCUCUCCGGAGGCUGCACACGGACACGCAGACCCUCUAUCUCUGCUGGAAGAAGAGGACAACCCUCCAGGCCAGCGGAGCUGCGGAGAAGCAGGAAAGAGGUAUUGAGGGUUCACAGGAUUUGGGAAGACUCAGCCUCUCGUAGCACAUGUCUGGGCGACUCCCCUUGGUGCACAGAGCCCUUGCUGUCCCGUCCUGACCCGCCGCUUCUCAUCCCUGCCCCGGCUGCGUGCAGUCAGCCCUGGCUGAAGUUCACCCCACCGUGGUUACACAUUGCUCACCCUGGCGAGGUGGUUUUAACGGAGCGCGGAAGGAGAAGGUUGUUUCACUUCCCCUGGCAGAGCAGCAGCAUGAAGCAGGUGAACCCCCCCGAGGAGAGCGGCUGCAGCGAGGCCGUGGCCACCGGCCAGCAGGACCUCACAGCCGGCAGCUGCGAGAAGAAACGCCGCCGGCUGCAGCGCCUGGUCCCGGACAACUUCUUGGAGGACGCAAAGAAGCUGCUGGUGCUGGCAGGGCCGCUGAUCCUGAUCCAGCUAAUGAUCUUCCUGAUACACCUGGUCAGCUCCAUAUUCUGUGGCCACCUGGGCAAGGUGGAGCUGGCCUCUGUCACGCUGGCCAUCGCUGUUAUAAACGUUACAGCCAUCUCUGUAGGAUAUGGUUUGUCUUCGGCUUGUGACACCUUGAUAUCCCAGACCUAUGGCAGCAAGAACCUGCUGCGCGUGGGGGUGAUCCUGCAGCGUGCCAUCCUCAUCCUCCUGCUCUGCUGCUUCCCCUGCUGUGCCAUCCUCAUCAACAUCGAGCAGUUCCUGCUCCUCAUCCAUCAGGAUCCCGAGGUCUCCAGGCUGACCCAGCGCUACGUGAUGGCGUUUGUGCCUGCUCUGCCAGCGGUUUUUCUGUAUAACCUGGAGACAAGAUACCUGCAGAACCAGAUGAUCAUGUGGCCACUGGUGCUGAGCGGGGUCGUCGGCAACAUCGUCAACGUCAUUGCAAACUGCGUCUUCCUCUACGUGCUCCACUUGGGCAUCACAGGCUCUGCCUGGGCCAACACCGUUGCUCAGUAUUCACAGACCAUUUUCUUGUUCCUGUAUAUUAUAGGCAAGAAGCUCCACGUGAAGACCUGGGGAGGCUGGUCCAGUGAGUGCCUGCUGGAAUGGGACAGCUUCAUCUCCCUGGCUAUCCCCAGUAUGCUCAUGAUGUGCAUCGAGUGGUGGACCUACGAAAUCGGGAGCUUCUUGAUAGGCCUGCUGAGUGUUGUAGAGCUCUCCGCCCAGUCCAUCAUCUAUGAGGUCUCUGUUGUUGCUUUCAUGAUCCCCCUGGGGCUGGGCACAGCUGCCAGUGUGCAGGUGGGGAACGCGCUGGGCGCCGGCGACGUCGAGACGGCCAAGAGAUCAUCCUCCACCAGCCUGCUCUGCACAGGGUUUUUUUGCGUAGCUGUGGGGGCCAUUCUAGCUGCUUCAAAGGAUGUGCUGGGAUACAUCUUCACCCGUGACAAGGAGAUCGUUGACUUGGUGGCCUGGGUCAUACCCGUCUACGUUGUCUUCCACUUGUUUGAGGCCAUGUGUGGUGCCUGCAGCGGGGUGCUCAGAGGCAUCGGCAAGCAGAAAUUUGGUGCCAUCCUCAACGCCGUGAGCUACUACGGGGUGGGGCUGCCCCUGGCAGCUGUGCUGCUCUUCGUGGCCAAGAUCGGAGUCAUAGGCCUGUGGCUCAGCAUGCUCGUCUGUGUCUCCCUCCUCUGCACCUGCUUCAUCACCUACAUCUCCCGCAUGGACUGGAAGACGGCGGCUGAGGAGGCUCAGCGGCGUGCAGGAGUGUCCCCGCCACCACCAGAGGAGCCAAACCCUGGCCAUGAACCCUCCUGCAAGGGGCUGCCCUUGGGUGUGGGGCCAGCCCCACCGCCCCACGAUCACCCCCCCAUCAUGGUGGCACGGGGGUGUGUAGGAGUGGAUGCACAGAACGGAGUUGUCCUCACAGGCAUCACCAGGACGGACGGACUGACAUACCAGCUGGAGCCUCCAGAAGCUCCAUCCCCUCCAGCCACCACCAUGGCCACCAAGGAGCUGAUCCUCCGCCGGGGGCUGGCGGCGGCCGCAGCCGUCGCGCUGCUGGCGCUUGGCAUCGUCAUAAAGCUGGUGACCAGCAAACACUGACCCACCCAGGGCCUGUGGGGACUUUGCUUUGGGGGGGGAGAAAGCUUCUCCUGACCCAUGGACCUACAAAGCACAGACCGGCCCGAGAGAGAACCCAGCACACGCCUGUCCCACGGGAGCCAAUGCGUCCCCAGCAGCUCUUGGCAGCAUCUGCUCACCCACCGCUUGGGAAUGGGCCCCGUGGCUACUCUGACCCCCAAAACUUGGCUCUGUGCUGCCUGGUGCCCACCAAGCCUGGGGUGCCCCCUCCUUCCUCCUGCCGACCAGAGCCCAGCACAGCCUGGCUCACGCUGCUGCUCCAGCACAAAUGCCAAUAAAGAAUAAACCCAGCUGGACUGGGGCUGGCUCCUUCAGGUGGAGGCUGAGGGCACGGGGGGCUGCAGCAAGGAACACCCAAGGUUGGGGGCUGCAAGCUGUGC